AUGAACAGGACCAACCAGUCUCGUGUCUCCGAGUUCCUCCUCCUGGGUCUCUCCAGGCAGCCCCAGCAGCAGCAGCUCCUCUUUCUGCUCUUCCUGAUCAUGUACGUGGCCACUGUCCUGGGGAACCUGCUCAUCGUCCUGGCCAUCAGCGCAGAUUCCCGCCUGCACACCCCAAUGUACUUCUUCCUCAGCACCCUGUCCUUCACGGACAUCUGCUUCUCCUCCACCACCGUCCCCAAGAUGUUGGCCAAUCACAUACUCGGGAUUCAGACCAUCUCCUUCCCUGGGUGUCUCACGCAGAUGUAUUUUCUCUUUGAGUUUACCGACAUGGACAAUUUCCUUCUGGCUAUGAUGGCCUAUGACCGCUUUGUGGCUGUGUGCCACCCCUUACACUACUCAACAAAGAUGACCCAUCAGCUCUGUGUCCUGCUGGUCAUUGGAUCGUGGGUCACAGCCAACCUGAAUAGUCUGCUGCACACCCUGCUGGUGGCUCGACUCUCAUUCUGUGCAGACAAUGUCAUGCCCCACUUUUUCUGUGAUAUUACCCCGCUACUGAAACUCUCCUGCUCCGACACACACCUCAAUGAGAUGAUGAUUCUCACUGAGGGCGCCCUGAUAAUGGUCACCCCAUUUGUUUGCAUCCUGGCUUCAUAUAUCCAUAUCACUGAUGCUGUUCUGAGAGUCCCAUCCACAGACAGAAAAUGGAAAGCCUUCUCCACCUGUGGCUCCCACCUCGCUGUGGUGUCCCUCUUCUAUGGCACCAUCUUCGCUGUGUAUUUCAGCCCUUCAUCCUCCCACUCGGCUGAGAAGGACACGGCGGCUACCGUGUUGUACACAGUGGUGACGCCCAUGCUGAACCCUUUCAUCUACAGCCUGAGGAACAGGGCCCUGAAAGGGGCUCUAAGAAAAGUGACGGGCAGGAAGACAUGUUCUUACUGAUGAAAGUGUCAUGGACCUGUCAUUCCCAGUUAUAUAAAUGUUUACCGACAUUAUAAUGUAGCAAUCUGUUUAUCAACGUGUCCAUGAGCCACAGAACAAAUAUUCUCAACAGAUCCUUAUCAAUGAACUCUGAUUUAACUACAACCCUGCUCUCUUAAGUAGAGAAUAUUUGUUUCUAAUUACUGUCAUUCAAAUUAUUUUCCAUUAAGGUUGAGUUUUUCCUUUCUAACACAAAUAUGUUUGCACUUUCCUUUUGGAAAUCCUCUCAGAAUCUACAGCACUGUUUUUCAGUCCUGGCUGUAUGUUAGUAUCACCUGGGGAACUGUGAAAAUAUCCUGAUUCUGGACCAAACCUCAAACAAUUAAAUCCGAAUCUCUGGGGUGAGACCCAGGCAUUAGUAUUUGUCCUCCUUACAUUGCCCAGGAUUCACUGGGUUGAGCAUGAGGGUUCUAAAGUACUUUCUGAGUUGGCAGUCUUGCUGCUUUGAAUAUCCUUUCUGAUUGUUCAUCACGAAGAGUGAACCAAGAAACCCUCAGAGGAACUCUAAGGUCUAAUGUGGGUAACGUGAGUGGAGGCGAGAAACAGUCACCGGAAAUUCUCUGUGAACCAGCACAAGUUCUCACGCUGAGAUCAGACUUUUGGCCAUUCAUACAAAAUCCUAAGAAUACUUCACUCAUAUUUUUAGUGUCUCCCCAUCCAAUGUGACUUCCUUACAUUAUGAGGGUAUAUUUAGCAUGAGGUAUGCCUUUGAUUUCAAAGAAACAGAUUAAAUAUUUGCUAUUCCGUCUGAUCGGGAUAGCUUGCCAGUUCCUUCUCCCUGGGUAGCAAACCGUCCCUGAACCUUCAAGAUCCAGGUCGAACGACACCUCCUCUGUGAAGCCUUUACUGAUUCCUCUGGGCUGAGACUGAUGUUCUCUCUUCUGGGUUCCCACAGAAA